AUGGAGUCGAGCGUCGCGAAACAGCUGGUGGACAAGAUGUACGAGAAGCGGAAGGCGGCAGCGCUUGAGCUCGAAAAGCAGAUUCGCGAGUGUCAGCAGCAGGGAGACCAGCGUCGCAUCAGCCAAAUUGUAGACCAGCUCGUGGACAUGUUCAGCAACUCUACUAAUCCCCUGCACGUCCGGAACGGCGGUCUCAUCGGUCUCGCUGGUACUGCAAUUGCGCUCGGUGUGGACAUCGCCCCAUACAUGGAGAAGUUCGUGGAACCCCUACUCAUUUGUUUCACGGAUCCCGAGAACAGGGUGCGGUACUUCUCAGCUGAAUGUUUGUACAACAUUGCCAAAGUCUCGAAAGGAGAGAUACUAGUGUACUUCAAUCCCAUCUUUGACGCAUUAAGCAAGCUUGCAGCCGAUUCUGAGCUAUCCGUGAAGAAUGGAGCAGAAUUGCUCGAUCGUUUACUGAAGGACAUUGUGGCAGAGACUGCUUCCGUAUACAUCCCUCACUAUCCCGAGACGGAGAAGAUUCGCAGAAGGGUGGAAGAAGCGCGUGGGCUCAGCAUCCUUGUUCCGCAUCCAGACGACAUUGCUAAUGGCGAAGAUAUGAACGGAGCUCGCAAAGCAUUUUCUCUUCCGCACUUCAUUCCUCUACUGUCGGAGAGAAUAUAUGUGCUCAGUCCAUUCACGCGGAGUUAUCUCGUCUCUUGGAUUACCGUACUUGAUUCUGUCCCAGAGUUGGAACUCAUCACAUAUCUUCCGGAGUUCCUGGAUGGCCUUUUGAAGUAUUUAUCAGAUCCAACAGAGGAGGUGCGAAUAGCCACCGAAAACCUUCUUGCAGAUUUCCUCCGUGAGAUACGGGAAGUCACCAUUGUUCAAAAACGCUUUGAAGAGCAGCUGAAGGCGAAGCGGGAAGCCGCCGCUGCAGAACAAGUCCGGAAAGCAGAGAACGAAAAGGAGAAGCUCCAAGACUUCACCUUGGUCAAUUCAGAGCGCGGGGCCUUUAUCCCGGAGGGUGACCAUGCAGUGGACGAUCGCUCCGAUGUAUCUCCCGACGAAAAGCAGUCUGAACACGACGGGAGAGAUGUAGGAAACUGGAUACCAGGGCAAGGAGUCAAAAUCGACUACGCUGCAAUAGUUGAGAUAAUGAUUCAACAGCUGGAUGAUCUGCAUGAUGUCAUACAGCAGUCGACUGCUUUACGAUGGUUGUCUGAGUUUCUGGGCAUCUGCCAGGAUGUCAUGGUUCCGUUUACCCCCCGUCUUAUCCUAGCGAUCCUACCAAAUCUCUCACAUCAUGUCGGAAUGAUACAGUCUGCCGCUGUUCGAACCAACAAACUUCUCAUGAAUGUCAUACAGACCCUUCCACCUCCCUCCGACCCUCCGACACGACAGGGAACAGACAAAUCCUCAUCCGCUGCAUCACAUAUGGCGCCAAGCUCUCCUACACCGAGUGCGCCGUCCCUCGUCCCAAGUAGACAAUCGACGGCUGGAAGGGAAACCAAUCCUAGUCGAGAUAUUAGUUCACCGGAAUCACCCCCAGAAACUGCUGUACCAGUGGCGUCUGACCGUGUCUCCAUGAUCUCUGUUCAACGAGCUCGAGCCAGCACAAUACAGAUGGAUCAAAAUCGUAAUGUGAGCGAAUCGACUAUAAACGCCGCUGCACCGCAAGCCCAGAAUAGUCGCCCUGCUUCUCCUACCUCGGCUGGGAGCGUACCGCAGUUGCAGCAAUCACCGGAAGCAUCGAUCUUGCAAGAAAAGGCGGAGCACAUCGACUAUCAGUUGACGGUUAAUGCGCUUACGAUCCAGUUUCUGAGCGAGCAUGAGGAAACACGGGUGGCUGCGUUGAAGUGGCUCAUCAUGCUCCAUCAGAAAGCCCCAAAGAAGAUCCUUGCCAUGGACGACGGUACCUUUCCCGCCUUAUUGAAAACUCUCUCCGAUUCUUCAGAAGAGGUUAUCAAGCAUGAUCUGCAACUCCUCGCUCAGAUAUCGUCUAGUUCCGAAGAAUCAUAUUUUAAGUCCUUUAUGAUGAACCUUCUCGAACUGUUCAGCACAGACCGAGGCCUCUUGGAAGCCCGGGGAAGUCUGAUCAUACGACAGCUUUGCCUUAACUUGAACACAGAGCGGAUUUAUCGGACAUUCGCGGAGAUUCUGGAGAAAGAAGAGGACCUAGAGUUUGCUAGCGUCAUGGUGCAAAAGCUGAAUAUUAUCCUGAUAACUUCUCCCGAGUUAGCGGACUUUCGGAGGAGAUUGAAGAGUCUUGAGACACGCCAAGACGGUCAAGCGCUUUUUACGACGUUGUACAGAUCAUGGUGUCACAAUGCUGUCGCAGUUUUUUCGCUAUGUCUCCUUGCACAAGCAUACGAACAUGCGUCAAAUUUGUUGUAUAUAUUUGCCGACCUCGAGAUUACAGUGCAGUUGCUUGUCCAGAUAGACAAACUUGUGCAACUCAUUGAAUCUCCGGUCUUUACAUACCUCCGGCUGCAACUUUUAGAACCGGAGAAAUACCCUCAUUUAUUCAAAUGCUUGUACGGCCUAUUAAUGCUGCUGCCCCAAAGUACUGCCUUUGUAUCGCUACGAAAUCGACUGAAUGCCGUAAAUUCGGCUGGCUUCUUGCAUAUAGCGCCGAAGUCGACAGUUGGCAAUCUGUCAUCAACGCGGUCUAAAUUGGGUCGUGAAGAAAUCAAGUGGCAGGAGCUGCUCUCACAUUUCCGAGCCGUCCAGGCAAAGCACGAAAAAUCCCGUCGGCAAGCGUUGGGGACAGAUAGCACCAUACUGUCUAGCUCAUCCAGUGCUGAAAAGUUGGUGAACUCCACCCCUACUGUGGCUCCAGGCGCACCGCCGACUCGAGUACCCAUGCGGCGUAAAGUCACCGGUGGCGAGAGUACUGCACGCCCACCCUCGCGGUCAAGCGGUGCACUGUCGCCUCUGAACCCUAGAGCGCGUGGACAGAGUGGAUUAUUAGCUUCGACUCUGGCGCAGCAGCCUGUGAGUCCCACAUUCCAGGGUCAGACUCCUCAGCAGAAACCGCAGCGGAUACUCAGUCUCAGUAGAAAGUCAUGA